AUGUCUCUCCUCGCCCUCGCCAAUGAGAUUCUUCUCAUUAUCGCCUCCAACCUCUCCACUCGCGACCUAAUAAACUUCCAGGUCAACCACCGUCUACACUCCCUCCUCACACCCGCCUUAACCCGCCUCAUGCUCGCUCGGAAAGACCCCCUCCUUCUCUGGGCCGCGCACAAAGGCCGCGCACCACUUCUCCGGCGCCUUCUCGCCAACGGCGCCUCCCUCGCCUACGUCGGUAACCGGCACGAUUGGCCACGCAAAGAGCUUUACCAGCAGCGCACCGUCCUCCACCUCGCCUCCGAGUGCGGGCACGUAGAGCUUGUAAAGCUGCUGAUUACCGAGGGCGCCGACGUGAACAACGCACAGCACAAACCACAGCAGUACGCGUCGACAGCGCUGCACCUCGCGGCGAAGCGCGGGGAUGUGGCGGUGGCUGAGGCGCUCGUGGACGGCGGUGCGGAGCUGGAGCUCAAGGACCGAUCGGGUGCAACAGCGCUAUUUUUUUCUGUCAAGGGUGGGCAUGAGGAGGUGGUCAAGUUUCUAGUGGACAGGGGGGCCGACGUCAAUACGACGGAUUGCGCAAUGACAACUCUGUAUCAGAUGGCUUCCACCCGCGGGUUCCUGGAGAUCGAGAGGAUCCUGUUGGAUGCGGGAGCUGUGCCAGAAGCGACAGAUGAGGAUCAGUGUAUGCUUUCGCCCUGCAUUAACGGUGUCUAA